GAGUUUACGGUCUAAAAUGAAGGAAGAGUUUCAACUCAGUUCAUUAAAACAUUUUUCAUUAUCUGAGCUGCAUCAGAGAGCUGUGAAAGAGGUUCUACAGAGUAAAAAUGGACAUCUGGAUCUUUUCCUGCGGUUCCUUCUGGGUUUGUCAGUGGAGUCUCAUCAGAUUCUCCUACAACGAAUAAUGACGCUGAAAAGAAGCAGCUCUGACAGCAAUGAGAAAACAGCUAAGUACAUCAAGAAGAAGAUCAGGACCAUUGACUCUCCAGAGAAAUCCAUCAAUCUGUUCCACUGUCUGAAUGAACUGGGUGAUCGUUCACUAGUGGAGGAAAUACAACAGUAUCUGAAAUCUGGAGGAAUAAAGGAAGCCAAACUCUCUUCAUCUCAGUGGUCAGCUGUAGUUUUUGUGUUGUUGACAUCAGAAGAUGAGCUGAAUGAGUUUUGUCUUGAUAAAUUUGUUAAAGGAAUGAAUAAUCCUGAAAAUAUGAAAGUUCUUCAGAAGUUGCUGGCUGUGAUUAAAGAAUCCAGAUCAGUUCAGUUGAGUGAUUGUGGCGUCACAGAUGAAGGUUGUGCUGCUCUGGCUUCAGCUCUGAGAUCAAACCCCUCACACCUGAGAGAACUGGAUCUGUCUGAGAAUAAACUAAAAAGUUCUAGUAUGAAGCUGCUCUCUGCUGUACUGGAGGAUCCUCACUGUAAACUGGAGAAACUGUGGUUGAGGGUUUGUGGCGUCACAGAUGAAGGUUGUGCUGCUCUGGCUUCAGCUCUGAGAUCAAACCCCUCACACCUGAGAGAACUGGAUCUGUCUGUGAAUAAACUAGGAGAUUCAGUGAAGCUGCUUUCUGAUGUACUACAGGAUCCUCACUGUAAACUGGAGACACUGUGGACUCUCUGUAUUUAGCCGUCAGUCCAGUUUCCUCAGGAUCAGCUGAUGGUGAAUAAGGAGCCGCUACAGAGACGUCACAGUCAUACAAUCAACACAGACUGCGUGAUGGGGACAACAAAAACUUUAGGGAUGUUCAUUUUGGUUCAUUUUCCUGACCGACUCCCAACAUUCGUUAACCAAUCAUUGACCGUUAACUGAGAAAAACAUUAGAUUUAAAUUAAAUUGGAAUGGAUACGUUUUUGUGACCCAUUAACAUACCCAUUCAAAGUAAACCCUUUACAUUUUCUAUUAAUGUCCUAUUCUUAUCUGUAUAACCAAAAUGAUAGAUUUCAAGUCAUUUCCACUGUAAUAAGGAAAAAAAUCCAAGUGAUUGCGGCGGAGCCUCUCGUGGGAAACAUUUGUAUUUGUGCAGAAUGAGAUGUAGGUACAUUUCUCUUUAAAUAAAUGUUUG